UCCAAUCACACAUAUUAAGUUCCUAAAACACGUACCCACAGGACAUUUCCAAGUGUCAAAUCCUUCUUCAUUCUCUCUUUAUGUUGCCUUCUUCUCAUAGGCCAACCCACCACCUUAAAUGCCCCACGACCUCCUCUACAACCCCACAUCACCUCACCUUUGUGUGCCUCAAAAGUCUGAGUUUGCUCCUCCAUUACACCAACCUCAGACGACUCAGACCUACCCGGGCUUAACAAACUCUUCACCUUCAAAAUGAUGCAAACCAUGAAUUCCUACACUUUAACAGCAAAAACAGCUGAGAUCAUGGCUAGGUACAGACCCAUAGCUCCAAAACCGGAGGUUACGGCGAACGCAGCGGACGUGUCGGAGAACACAUCAAUGCCACAGAACAUCCGGCAAUCCGCUUACCUUAGAACCGUGUGGCCCGAUUUGCAGUCAAGGCCAACAAGAACCAGAAAGAGAGGGAGGACUGCAAUUGCACCACCUACUGUCAAGAGACAAAGGACUUGUCUUCAAGGACUCUAUCCUAUUCCUCCUCCUCAGGUAAACACUUCACCUGCCGGAAACCUCUCGUUCAAUGCUUUAGGUCAUGGCCCAAAAGGGUUUCCUCAGCUUAUACCUGUCCCAAUCUCAAAUAUCACCGCCCUCAACGGCGGCGUUGCAGUGGGAAAUUCAUGCACGUUGCCAGCGAACUUAGUCACACUACCUCUCCUCCCAAUUCCUUCAUCCCUUACCAUCGAUCCCCAACAAGCACCACCACCAGAAACCAUAGGUGUUCGAGUUUGUGGAGGCAACAAAGAUAUAGACUUGAACACGGAAGCCGAAGAUCCAGAAGAACAGGAUUUCCUGCAGCAACUGCAAGGACCCACCAGCCCCAAUAUCAUUGCCCCACAGCCGGUUCGACCGGUGGGCUCCAACAUAUGUGUUGGGUGCAUCAGUGACGACAGUGGUCGAACAACUUCUGUGCAACUUCUCAAGAAACCAGAGGAGGUGGAGGAAGAGGUCGAGUCUGAGGCCUUGCCGGCUAUUGUAUCAGAUUCAAACAACAAAGUCAGACUGGCGAAUUCCGCUUAUAAGGAAAUGGUGGGUCAGCCGGAAUGUUCAUGGCUUGACACCGCCGGUGACGGAGGCGGUGCAUGCAAGAGGAUUGGUGGGGAGGUGAUGCUCAAGUUUUUGGAUGAAACUGUGCCAGUUUCAUCAAAUGGGUUUUCGUGCUGGGUGAGGAUUGAGUGGGGAAGCAGUGGCAAGAAAGACCCAAUAAGCAAUGGAGAGAAGAACACAAUCAAUGCUUUUUGCGACGCUAUAAGGUUAGACUGUGAGUCCAAGGAUUACCUAUUUGCAUGGAAGUUCCACACAAGAGCUUCUUCUGAAUCUGCUUCCAACUUUUGA